AUGAUUUUGAAUUCCAUUCUUGUUGUGGCAUUAUUUUUCAUUGAGAUAAAUGAAUUUAUUUACACCGAAGAAGAAGACGAAUCGCAAAUCGCUGGAACUCCAUCAGAACUUCAGGCAUUUGCAAACCACGAUUCAAUACAAGUUUCAUGGUUACCACCUCGAGAGGAUAAUGUUUUAAUUAGAGGAUUUCAAAUUGGUUGGGGUAUAAAUAUACCGGAUAUUGAGAAAACAAUUGUUGAUUCAAAUGUGAGGCAAUAUACAAUUCGUAAUCUUAAACCAAAUAGAGAAUAUGUUAUCUCAUUACGUGCAUUUAAUAAGAAAGGUCAAGGUUUUCCAAUUUAUGAAACCGUCAAAACGUAUUCAUCUGGCUUUUUAACAACUUUACCACCAAAUAAUUUUGUUGAAAACAUUCAUGCACCUGUCGGACUUUUUGCUGAAACUCUUUCUGCCUCACAAAUACAUUUAUAUUGGACUGAUCCAAAUGAUGAGGCCUUCAAUCAAUAUUACACAAUUAAAUAUGCAAUGAGUGGUGAAGCAGAUGGACUUGCAAAAGAAAUAAACACAAGUGAAACUGAUUAUCAAUUUGACAAUUUACGUCCUGAUACUCAAUAUGAAUUUGCAGUAAAAAUAGCUAGAACGAAUCAUUGGAGUCUUAUUGCAAUAAAUCGCACAUUUCCUGCACCUCCUUCAUCCCCACCUAGAGAUAUUACCUUAGUUGGUCCUCAAUCAGAAAAGGAUGAUCCAAAUAUUGUAACGCUUAAUUGGCAGCCGCCAAAAUAUUCAAAUGGAGAGAUUAAAGAAUAUAUUUUAUUUUAUUCAAAUAAAUUUGAUGCACCUGAAAGUGAAUGGACGAUGGAAAGUAUUAAAGGUGAUAGAUUAUCUUUACAAAUUCGAGGACUUCUUUCAAAAACAACAUAUUAUUUUAAAUUACAAGCAAAAAAUUCAAAAGGUUUUGGGCCUUUUACACCUAUUACGAGUUUUUUGACACCGGAAACUUUGGAUAUCUCCUCAAUAUCUGACCAAAAUAAUAAAUUUUCUGAUAAUGUUAACUCAACAUUUUCUCAACAAAUUGUUCAACUUUUGAGCAAAAAUCUAACAAACGUUUUUCUUGGAAUUGUUACAAUUGUUUUGUUAGUUUUGGUUGUAGCAGUUAUUAUUGCUUGUACACGAAGGAAACCUAGACGACAAACAAAUGUAAAACAUCCUCAAUAUAGUUAUAUACCUGGUAGGAAAUAUUCACAACAAACUGGUGAUGAUAAUUUGUGGAUUCAACAAAAUGGUACAAGAUUUGCUGCUGUUUUGGAUAAUUCCGGCACACUUGGACGAGCUGUUUGCGAGAACUUUGAAAUGCCAACAUCAUCUGGUGAAGAGAGGAGAAUUCUUUUGGUUGAUCGACAACAACGCGCUUUUAUUGCUUCUAAUCCACAUGCUCACUUUGGUUCACCUUCACCACAAUAUAACUCACAAUAUUUGCCACCUUCGGAUGGUCAAGAUUUGUCACGAAACUGUUACAACACAGCGAUAAUAAGUCCACAUGGAAGAAAUUUGGGUCACCCAACUCCUAAUUCAACACCAAGAAAUCCGCACGUUGUACAUACCAGAACUGAUAGACAGCAAGUCAAGGUGGAUCUUGCUGUUGGGAAUCAACGAACUGGCGCUUUUUCAAACGAGGAAUUGAUCGAUAACGAUCGAUCUGCUUCUAAGGUGCAUCCGUCGUCAAUAUCGAAUCACCAUAUAAUGGAACUAGAAGAACAUCGUCAACAGCCAAAGAUGGCUCACGUUGUUAGGCCUAUUGCUGCUAUUAAAGCAGCUAAUGCCUCGCCAUCUGCUUUUCGAAAUGUUUGUUCUUCAAACAAACCUAAAACAUCUCCAUUGAUGAAUAGUAAGUAA